AUGGCGGAUUAUUUUCCCGUUUGCGUGUACUCGACGUGCAUUUUCGCCGGGGCGUGCCCCCCUCUCACCCGCCCGCCUGCCGCGCUGACGUCAUCGUUCCUUCGCUUUCUUUUCCAAGGCACCUACGUCAUUUCGCGGCUUUUCCAAGUUCUCCGCGGCGUAAUAUUAUUAUCUAUCUAUGGCCGUUGCCGAUAAUCGACUUGAGUGAUAACUGCCGGCUUAACACUUAACUACAUUCUGCGCUGUAGUCUUUGAAACUUGAUCAAUUGUUCAAUUAUUAAGAUUUUCAUGUAUUGCAUAACUUUCUGUAAUGUCUUAUCGAUUAAGUAAUAAUUAAUAUAAUAUUUUCGCCUAACUGGAAAUCUCGGUUUAAGAGUCGUUUUAAUGUACCGAGUUAAUUAAAUCGGAUUUAUUUGUCUUAAAGAUUAAAUACUAAUUGGCAUUUAAUGGCACUUAAUAAUCGAAUGAUACUCAAUGAAUCAUUUUUAACAAUCCAUUUGUUCAUUCAUUAACCUCACCAAUGUAUUUUUAUUCAACACAAAGAUAAAAUUAUUCAUUUAAUCAUUUUUUACUAAGUGUAUUAAUUAGGUUUUAUGUUUUGUUUUCAUUACUACAAUUAAUUAUUUAAGUAUCGUGUUUCUCUAUAUAAUAUUUAAACACCACUUCAAAUAGUGUGGCUUCCUUCCCUUAAAUCUUAUACCUAGUUUAGUUACAAUAAAUUUAUCUUUAUAGAUUGAUAUCCAUUAUGGACUUCAUUUUAUGUUAUUUCUUCUAUUACAACAAGUGCUCAUUUAAUUUUUAAAAUAAAAAAAAUGGUCAUUAGUUUUCAUUAUUAUUAUGUUAUUCAAAACCAAUUUUACCAAUAAAAAUAAAAAUACCAAUAAUUUAUACCAGCAAUCAUACAAGUCUUUAGAUACUCUAUCACCAAAUUAUUUACAACCAAAUUCACCAACCCCUCCAUUAACAAUGUCUUCAAGUUUACCAGAAUCUCCAGAAGACUCAAGUAUAUUUGACGAAAGUUCAGACACUAAAGAAGAACCUGAGGAUGAUGAUUCAUCGUCCACAUCCAGUUCAGACUCCAGCACACAUUCUGAUAACGCAGAUUCUGAAAAAGGAGUACCUGGUUCAAUGGAUUGGGUUCAGCGACAAAUUAUGGGUGGUAUAAAUCCAAGACGUUUGUUACAUCAAGUGUUUGGAGCUUCUGUUCCAUCUCAGUUAGAAGAUAUAACACUAUGGAGAAUAAUCAUGAGUAUGACAGAUGACUCUCCAAUACGAAAUCGUCUUCGUAGUGUUAGUUCACUUGAUGAUGUUGUUAGGUUAUUGAAAACAAGCAAUCGCAUUAUGGUUCUUACUGGAGCAGGUGUCUCGGUUUCUUGUGGAAUACCAGAUUUUCGAAGUCAUAACGGGGUUUAUGCUAGGCUAGCAACAGAAUUUCCCGACUUACCUGAUCCCCAAUCUAUGUUUUGCAUUGAUUAUUUCAGUAAAGACCCUAGGCCAUUUUUUAAAUUUGCCAGAGAAAUCUAUCCAGGACAAUUUAAGCCAUCGCCAUCCCACCAAUUUAUUAAAGUCUUAGAAAAGAAAGGACGACUCUUACGUAAUUACACUCAGAAUAUAGAUACAUUGGAACAAGUUGUUGGUAUUAAUAAUGUUAUUGAAUGUCAUGGAUCUUUUGCUACUGCAUCAUGUACUCAAUGCGGACACAAAGUAUCAGCAGAAACUAUAAGACCUGAUGUAUUUGAACAAAGAAUUCCACGUUGUCCAAUAUGCGUCAAUAGUACUGGUAUUAUGAAACCAGAUAUUGUAUUUUUCGGAGAAGGACUUCCAGACAGUUUCCAUAAAGCAAUUGAAGAUGACAAAAAUAAUUGUGAUUUAUUGAUAGUAAUUGGAUCAUCAUUGAAAGUACGACCAGUGGCUCGUAUACCUAAUAUGUUAGACAAACAUGUUCCGCAAAUAUUAAUAAAUCGCGAAAGACUUCCGCAUAUGAAUUUUGAUGUGGAACUUCUUGGUGACAGUGAUGUUAUUGUGGAUCACCUCUGUCGCAUGCUAGGUUCAGAUUGGACUGAGCUAUGCUGGUGCAAAGAGGAAUUGACCGAAACUAAAACUUUGAAUACACCUACGUCAUCGCCAAGGUCUAAUGAAGCUACAAUUGAAACUGUGGAAGGUGAAAUGUCUACCGAUUCUACAAGAGAUAGUGCUAACAGUAUGUCACCACCACUUGGUGAUGAUAGAUUUACUCCAGGUACUUCAGGUGAACAACGAAAUUUAUCCACAGACUCUACAAGAGAUAGCGGUAUUGAUCCAGAUGAUCCUCAAAAAUCUAGUCUAGCUGCAUAUUUACCAUCUAAUAAAUACUACAUGUUGAAAAAAAGAAGGUAUAUGUUUUCUGGUGCAGAAGUGGAUUUAAAUGACAUGAACGAUGACAGUGAAACGGAAUCAGACUCGAGUGAAAAAUCCGAAACCCCACCAUUGCAUUAAAAUUAAUUACUUUACAAUUUAUAUAUUUAGCUCAAUUGUUACUUAACUAUCACAAGCUAAUAAUAUUGUUUUUGCUUUCAUUCAAAGAUGUAUAAUAUUAUCUCCUAUUUAUCUUGUAUUCCCUAACAAUUCUCUGUUUGUUAUUAUUUUAUUUACCCUCAAAUUUUUAUUUUUCCAUUUUUAAUUUAUGUAGCCAAAUUACCUUUCAAAUAUAUGUAAAUAUAUAAUGUAUAUACACAAUACACAAUGUUUCAAAAUUAGCGAGUGAAAAUAACCGUCAAUUAUUCAUUAAAAAAGUUAUUUUCUGUAAUUAUUUAAGUACUAGGGAUAUUUUUUUAUUAAAUAUUAUUUAAUUUUUUUAUAAUAAAAUAUUAAAAUGUAGUCUACAAACUAAUGUAUAUUUUAAUAAAAAAAAAAUUUUAAAUGCUUACAUAUAUUUAUUAACAAGUUAAAUAAUAAAUCACUCUUGUGUAAUUACAAUUAAGUUUAAUUGUAUAAUUUGCAUUGAUGACAUAUUUAAUUUAUAAUAAUCAAUUAAAAAGAAAAGUUCUUACUUAAAAUUUAAAUUAUAAGUAGUUUAAAUUUUAAACAUCAAUAUGAUAGUUAUUUGUUAUAACAUAAGAAUGAUGGGUUUAUAUUAUUCAUACUUGAUAUUCUUGUAUGUAAUUAAAUAUUACAGAAAAUUAGCUAGGUUUAUUAUUUUUAUUUUAUAUAAUAAUAAAUCUAAUUAAAUCACUCAUUGAAAUGCUGAUAUAAUAUAUUAAUGCAUUUAAAAUUAAUUAUUCGUAAAAAUGCAAAAUAUGAUUUUUUUUAAGUGUUGAGGUGUAUGGCAAAUGUUAUUAAUUGUUAGUCUGUAUUUUUUAACUGUCAAGUUUUUAAUUAUUAUGUCACUCAUUUUGUUGUGCUAAACAUUGUAAAACAAUACACCAUUAACAAAAAACAUAGGAAAACAAAAUAUGAUGUGUUCAAAAUGUUAUAAUUUACCGUGUUCCUUUGCAAACAUAUUAGCAAUACAUAAUUAUUAAUUAUAUUUAGUUACUAUGUUGUUAGUUUAUUUUAUAUUGUAAUUAAAACAAUAUUUUUUA